AUGGAUAAAGUUGGUUAUCUGGUAAGAUUGGGAUCACAGCUGGCCUCCACUAAGCCGCAGCUACGCAAAAUUAAAGGUCCUAUCAAGGCUUGCACCGAUUUGCCAAAAUUGAAAUCAGAUAAUCUCCCGUUUGCAUACUGGGUGGGGUCCUCAACAUCGCCGAACCUAUCGUCCAGUUUCGCUGCCUCAAGCACCAGGCCCUCAAGGGUGAGUGCAGAAAAAGAAAAACAAGCAGCACAUGGAGCAGGUACAUCUGGACUAAGAGGAUCUCAGAAAGGAAAAGAUUUUCUUCAGUCGUCACUGCGCAAUCAUGACGAAUGGAUUGAAAACACGUAUGCGACCGGUGAAUCGAUUCCUAAAAAAGAGGGAGGAACCAGCACAUUUCUCGAUGAUCUUUCGCAACAUAUUUCCAUUCCUAUUGAGGACGAAUCUGUUCCGUGCAAACGCCUGAAGAGUAAGAAGGAGACCAUACAAGAAGUGCCAAUAACACCGAAUCAAGAUCCGUUAAAAUUGGUGGCCCAGCAGCUUGGCGUUGAUGAGUUACGUGCAAUGUUGCAAGCUGCCCUGCAGCAUCAAGAGGAAGUUUCAAAAUCUGCGGAAAGACAUACCCCUCCUUUCCCCAUCGAAGCUGGUCAUACACGAUCCUUGGAAAUAGUGCACCAGAUGGACAAGGAGAACGGCAGUGUCAUUGAACGAGAAACAGCUGACGCUUCGGCAUCGAAACCCAAUCCAGUCACUGAUGAGUUCGGCGAACCAAACGCCGUAAUCUUCAACAUUGAAGAAGAGCACCUUGAAGAUGACGAUUCGCAAAACAUCGCGGACGACCAUGCUGAACAUUCUGGUCAAAUCAACACUCCGCCGGGGAGUCCAGCCGAUCGAUCUCCUUUGUCCGUGAGAAAGAUAUCUUCUGCCGGUGCUGCGUCGAAUGUACUGAAUAAGUCACCAAACAUCGAUUAUCCGUCUGCAGCGAAUGUUGAGGAUGACAAUUCUUGGAAAGUGAAAUACAAAAAACUGGAAGGAAAUUAUAAAGAGCUAUCAGAUAAACAUAAAAAAUGUAAGCAAAAAAUAGCAAAACUUGAGCAAGAUAAGCUCACAUCGGAUGACUACGCUUUGAGAAUUGGAAAGGAGCUUAUGUUCAUCAAGGACAAGCAGAAGAUUCCCCAGGCACAAUUUACCGAAGAAAACGGAAUCCCGAUCACGGUUAAUGAACUGGAUGAGAUUAACAACCGUGCAGACACCGACAGCUUCUUUGUGGCUCUGCUGGUAACAAGACUGGUUGGUUCAGAAAAGCUCAUAAAAAUGAGUGCUACGGGUCAAGCAAGCCACCGAUUCUCCAAACUCAAAAAUAUGGACGGUACACCAAUGUACCCCGCACAAGAGCGCAUUGAUCCUAAACUCGUUGAGUUCAUCUGCAGUAAGUAG